AUGGAGCGGAGGCCGGGGAAGACAACUCACGCCCGGAGGAACCUCUUUGGCCCCGUAGACCACGAGCAGCUGCGUCAGGACUUCCAGCACAUGCUGCGCAACAACGUGGAGGGGGCCCAGCAGAAGUGGAACUUUGAUUUCCUCUGGGACAUGCCAGCAGAGGGGCUCCUGCAGUGGGAAGAGCUUGAAGGCCACGAGGUGCCCGCCUUCUACCACAGCUGCAUGGUGGGAGGUGCUCGGAGAUCACUGCAGCGCUUGAACUGGCCCCUGGGUGUGGAGGACAAGAGUCACCAUUUUGCCCAGGUGGCACUGCCCGAGAAACCCAAAACUUCCAAGAACGGGGGCAAGAGGAUCUUGGAAGGGAAGAAGAGAAGACAGAUGUCUUUGACAGCAGAUCAUUCAUGCAAGAUGGCCGGGAGAAAAUGGGGAGGAAAGGACAGCAGGUGUUUAGAUUACUACUCGGCAAAGAGGCGAGUCAAAACGAAUAAGCAAGCUGCUGCAAAGAAGCCAACGUCUUGAAAGCAAGGGGAGGAGGACUGCUCUGCACGGGAGAGGUUGGAAACAUCUGCCAAGCUUCUUCAACCUUCAAAACCAGGGUGUGCAGGCUGCGGACACUUAGGGGCAUCCCACAGCCAUGUAUCCCUGACAGCAGCAGUGAAAACAGAAAAUACUUUCAUUGGGAUGAAAGUUAGACCAAAUCAACUGGAAUCACAUUGGUGAGAAAUUACUGGCCUUAAAAAACACUGGUAAGCAA